GUAGUCACAUGAAUAAAUACGUUACUGAAUUUGUUUAUGCUUUUAUCCCAACGUAUACCAAUGCGUGAUCUUAUUCUCUCUGACUACACACAGUUCACGUAUCAAAUAUAUAUAAGUUGUAACACUACCCAGCCACUGAAACACACACACACACACACACACUCAAGUUGAAGCAUCAAAGCAACUAGUGGAAUAGGAUCUGCUGAGCCAAUUGAUCUCCGAAGCUAAACUUUCCGUUAAUCCAAUGCGCUCUUCCACUCAAAUUCAAUUCCCGAAAAUAUUAGACGUGAACACAGCCAUCAAUCCAUUGGAUCUGGAGCUGAUGAAGAAUUGAUUUCAAUCUUCCGAUGAGAUAUCUUUCGGAAAAUAGGAUCAUGAAGUUUUGUAUAUUGACGACCUGUGUUAGUAGAAUCUCUGUAUCCGUCGACGGCGUUUGACGGAAAAAUGAAAGUGAAGAAGUCGGCCGCGGCGGCUGUCGGCCGGCGAUUGGCUUAUCGGACUGCGAUGUUGCCGGCGGUGCUGAUGCUUGCUUUAGUUUUGCCCUUUCUCUUCAUUAGGACUGCGUUUCUAGUUCUGGAAUCUGCUGCUCUUUGCUCUUCCUCUAUCGGCUGCAUUACACGGAGGGUUUUCGGCGGGAGUGACGUGUCCGUGGCGAGAGAAGAGCUGAGAAAGGCGUUGUUGGAGGCAGCAAGCAGUAGCAAUGAUGAUGAUGUUGAGAUUGAGAAAUUGGAUGGAGGCCCAAUUUCAUUCAAGGAUCUUGUGAGGGACUUCACGUCAAACAAACACGACAUCAGAUACUUCGCUUUCACCACCAAAACAAUGAUUGAGAAGAUGGAACGGUUAGUCUCGAGUGCAAAAUGGCAAGAAUCUGUGUACUGGCAUUUAGCUACUCAUGGCGUACCCAACAGCCUACACUGUCUCUCUCUGGUGUUGGCUGAAGAGUAUGCUGUCAACGCCAUGGCUCGUGCUCGUCUUCCUCCGCCUCACCACGUUCACCGCCUCACUGACCCUCUCUCCCACCACGUCGUUCUUCUAACUGACAACGCCCUUGCGGCCUCCGUUGUCGUCUCCUCCGCCGUCAAGGCCUCCUCCAAUCCCGGAGCUCUGGUAUUCCACGUUGUGACCGACAGGAAAUCCUACACUUCCAUGCAUUCAUGGUUCGCAUUGAACAACAUUCAUUCCGCCGUCAUCGAGAUCAAGGGCUUGCAUCACUACGACUUGAAUCUGGCCGUUGAGGAAAUGUUGGAAGCUGACAACCACAGACGCAGCGUGUCGUUGCUGAAUCACCUCCGCAUGUAUCUCCCUCAGCUGUUUGCUGAUCUCGACAAAGUUGUGGUUCUGGACGAUGAUGUGGUGGUGCAGCGCGACUUGUCGUUGCUAUGGGAGUUGGACCUCCAUGGGAAAGUUGUGGGUGCAUCCGGGUGUGGAAGUGAGGACUGCUGCAAGACUUACAAGGAAUACUUGAAUUUCAGCCAUCCCAUCAUCUCAUCCAGCUUCGAUCAGCACCGCUGUGGGUGGCUGUUUGGGAUGAACAUCUUCGACCUCAAGCAAUGGAGGAACUCCAAUAUCACUGCAACAUAUCACAAAUGGCUUCAUCUGAACCUCAACUCUGGCUACACACUGUGGCGCUCUGGAGCACUUCCGCCGGCCUUGAUUGCUUUCGAGAACCUCGUGCACUGCCUUGAUCCUUCAUGGCAUGUAGCUGGUCUAGGGCAGCGCUAUCCGAAUGUGGAAAAGGAAAUGGUUGAAGCUGCUGCGGUGGUACAUUUCAGCGGGCCGGCUAAGCCGUGGCUGCAGACGUGCUCCCCUGAGGUAAGAAGCCUCUGGUAUACACAUCUAAAUCUCUCAAAUCAAUACAUUGCUACAUGUGGAAUAGCUGCCUCCCUCUCUCUAUACACAUCUAUCUAACUAGUAAUAAGUUACUAGGUUCAUUUGCCCGAAUUUGCUAUUUUCACACGACUUUUAAAACGUUUGUAGUUACAACACCAUGUUUUAGAUCUUUUGCAAUGACAGCAUUUCCCAACUUUUUUCAUCAGAGUUUAAUUUCUCCGGCAUUGCAGAAAAAGUUUGAGGAUGUUGUUGUUGCAAACAAUUAAUAGACGGUGUUGUAGUUGCAACGUUUUAAAAAUGGUGUGAAAACUGUAAAAUUAGGGUGAAGGUGGUUUUAUUUAUGAGAGUUAACCUUAAACGGUUAGUUUUAGAGGCAUUAAUUGGGUGAGGCAGAGGGCAGUCUCUUCUCAUGGCCAUCUUGUAGAGGAAGAUACAGUUACACAGUAUUCUCCAAUUUGGAAAUAAUCACCUUUUCAUAAUA